AAGCCUGUCAUCGUGGGAAAAUCUUCUCUACUUGAGGAUUUGGCGGUUGUUUUCUUUUCUCUUUCAAAAUAGUGACAUUGUAUCGCGUGUUUGUUGCACAAAACAAGAUGAUGCAUCGUAUCAUCUAGAGGCGCAAGGUUUUAUUCCAACAACAAAGACUGAAUAUUUCGGCUGCCUAUUUUGGCCAUGUUUUUGACCAUAACAUAAGCAGAAUAUUCUGUAAUGCAUCAUAUUUUAUAGUUAUGCUGUAUUCGUGUGUGCAUUUUGUGUCGUGAAUGGCCUAGAGACGUUGGAAUCUUUUCAAUGAAGAAUGUCAGUAUAAUAUUUGGACUCUAAAAUAAAUCGACGUCAGCAAAAUAAAUUUUUGCACGAGCAUCUCCAGCGUCGUUCAUCUGUAUACACUCCAAUUCUCCAAUUUGUUUGUGCAUUUCUAAAAUAAAAACAGAAAUAUAAUAUAAAGUUGCCUAUACUUGAGUAGCAUCAUGUUCAGCUGGUUGGGAACCGAUGACAGAAGGAAGAAGGAUCCAGAAGUCUUCCAGACUGUCAGUGAAGGACUCAAGAAGCUUUACAAAACCAAACUGCUUCCACUGGAGGAACACUACAAAUUCCACGAGUUUCACUCACCCGCCUUGGAGGAUGCAGACUUUGACAAUAAGCCCAUGGUUCUCCUGGUGGGACAGUAUUCCACUGGCAAAACCAGCUUCAUAAGAUAUCUCCUGGAGCAGGACUUCCCUGGUAUGCGGAUUGGUCCAGAACCCACGACUGACUCCUUCAUAGCAGUGAUGCAUGGCACCGUGGAGGGACUAAUUCCAGGAAACGCACUGGUGGUGGACCCCAAAAAACCCUUUCGGAAACUCAAUGCCUUUGGCAAUGCCUUUCUUAACAGAUUUGUGUGUGCCCAGCUGCCCAACCCUGUUCUGGAGAGCAUCAGUGUGAUUGACACGCCAGGAAUCCUGAGUGGAGAGAAACAAAGGAUCAGCAGAGGUUAUGACUUUGCUGCCGUGUUGGAAUGGUUUGCCGAGCGCGUGGAUCGCAUCAUUCUGCUUUUCGACGCCCACAAGCUGGACAUCUCGGAUGAAUUCUCGGAGGUCAUCAAGGCUCUCAAAAAUCACGAGGACAAGAUCCGUGUGGUGCUCAACAAGGCCGACCAGAUCGAGACGCAGCAACUGAUGCGUGUCUAUGGUGCCCUCAUGUGGUCUUUGGGAAAGAUCGUAAACACACCUGAGGUGAUCCGUGUCUACAUUGGCUCAUUCUGGUCACAUCCGUUGCUGAUCCCGGACAAUCGCAAGCUGUUUGAGGCGGAAGAGCAGGACCUGUUCAAGGACAUCCAGUCACUGCCACGCAAUGCUGCCCUCCGCAAACUCAACGAUCUCAUCAAGAGAGCUCGGCUCGCUAAGGUUCAUGCAUACAUCAUUAGCUCAUUGAAGAAAGACAUGCCCACAGUCUUUGGGAAAGAUAACAAAAAGAAGGAGCUGAUUAACAGCCUGGGAGAAAUCUACAGCCGCAUUGAGAGAGAACACCAGAUUUCCCCGGGAGACUUUCCCAAUCUGAAGAAAAUGCAGGAGCAGCUUCAGGCACAUGACCUGAACAAGUUCCAACCUUUGAAGAUGAAGCUACUUGACAACGUGGAUGACAUGCUGGCCCAUGACAUUGCCCAACUAAUGGUGCUGGUACGGCAAGAGGAGACCCAGCGCCCCAAACAGGUUGUGAAGGGUGGUGCCUUUGAGGGAACCAUGAACGGGCCAUUUGGUCACGGCUAUGGUGAGGGAGCCGGCGAGGGCAUUGACGAAGCGGAGUGGGUGGUGGCUCGCGAUAAACCCAUGUACGAUGAAAUUUUCUACACUCUCUCACCCGUCAAUGGCAAAGUAACUGGUGCCAAUGCCAAGAAGGAGAUGGUAAAGUCCAAGCUGCCAAACACUGUGCUGGGUAAGAUUUGGAAGCUGGCUGACAUUGAUAAAGAUGGAAUGCUUGAUGAUGAGGAGUUUGCCUUGGCUAACCAUCUCAUCAAGGUCAAACUAGAAGGUCACGAGCUUCCAAGUGAACUCCCAUCUCAUCUUGUUCCACCUUCCAAGAGAAAAGUUCUAGAGUAACAUACAUUAUUGACAUGGUUCAGAAUUAAGAUUUAUUUUUGGGAAAAGCAGAUGUUGUGAGUUCAGGCUGCAAUUAAUUUCUUGUGGAAUGGAAGAUGGCUGGAUUACUUUUCUUCUUAUCAUACUGUAUACAGUAGAAGAAAAGCAGUGACUCUUCUGAUAUAUGUGAUUAUGUUUUAGUAGAAAGAAUGAAUUUAAUAUGAUCCACCAACAAAUUGUUUAUGUUUUUGGUUUUGUUUCAUUAAUUAUUUUUUAUGAACAAAUCAUGCUGUCUGCAGUGAUAAAAAUCAUUGCUGACUUGCAAAUUUUUAUGGCACAAUUUCACAUGCUUACAAUGGUAUUUCACUCAUCUGUUCAGCUAUAAUCACUCUAAAGCCAGAUCAUUCAUCCAUCUAUUUUAUUAAAACUGAUUUGUAUCUGUCUCAGAAGAGAGGAGAUAUUAAUUAAAACAGGAACAAAAUGUCAACCUUAGGCCUGUUUCACACAUUUCGUGUCUGCAGUACGCAAGCAGAUAUAACAAUUUCAGCGCUGAGCCAAAUUUUGCUGUGCGUUGCAUGCUGAAUUUGGUAAAAAUGUGGUACAAAUGCACUGUAAACCUAAUUAUCAACAGUGUCUUUUUGUAAUCUAUGGGUUUAUAAAGCAACAUAAAAUAGUCAGGCUUCUCACGGUCAUGGAAAACCUGGAAAUAUCAGGGAAUUUAAGAAUUGUGAUUUCCAGGUCUGGAAAACUCAUGGAAAUGAAUACAAUAUUUUAAAGUCAUGAAACAAAAAUGGAAACUUGUAAAUGGCAAAUAUAUGUUUUUUCUCGUUAUGCUGAGCUCUAAAAUAUUUAAUAGACUAUAAAUUGCUCUUUUGAGUGCAAUCUCCUUCAUCCAGUAAUCACAAACAACUGGAAAAGUCAUGAAAAUUCAUCGGUCAAACUUUAUAUUUAUUAUGCCUGACUGAAUCCAGACGAUUUAAGCAGUUAAUAGCUUCAAGUUUGGGUUCUGCAUACAGUAAAUUAAUAACCAUUUGAAUUUUGUUAUUCCCCCACCUUAUGUAAAUUAGAUUUUAUAAUGAUUAUACAAUUUUGAAAUAAUUUGUAAUGGCCCAAUCUAUAGCUGAACAAUUUAGACCAAAAAAUCGAAUUGAGAUUAUUAUGAAAAACAUUGCGAUUUGAAGCCCGAUAUGAUAAACAUAUAACGUUUUUUUUAUAAGUGAUUCCUUUUCACCAAAAGUAAAUCAUGUUUUGCAUUUAUUAAAUCAAAUAGGGUGUAUUCCUCUUAAAAAAAGAACCAAACAGAACAGAUCUGCACACAUAAACGUAGCACAGUGGGCAGCCCAUACAGACUAUUUAAUUAAAUCGCAGCCCUAGUGGUCUGAUAUUCGCACUAGGUCAUAACCCGAUUUCAAUUUUAUUUUGAUUUAAUCAUUCAGCCAUAUCCCAAUAACCUAAUAUUCCAGUAUUUUAUAAUUGAUUGCUGUUAUCAUAUUAAACACUCAAUGUGGUAACCCAUAUGUCACUGUAUUUUCUAUAUAGAGCUGCGAUUCUAUUACACACAUUCAAAAACACUCAACACGUGCCUGCUGUUGCAGUUAUGCUGCUGCUAAGCUUACAUGCUGCAGAAACGAGACGUGUGAAAUAAGCCUUAUUAUGAAUCUUUGAAUCGCUAGACAUUCUAAGUGCACAACUGAUUAAAUGUAACAAUUAAAGCUAAAUUUAUUUUAUACGUGGGUGUAACUGUUAUUCUCUUCUUGUUAAGGCGGCAUUUAAUGAAUGCGAGUCCUUUCUAGCCUGACCAAGAGACUGUUAAAACUGUAUAGACGCCUUGUAUGAAGACUCAAUGUUUAGUGUUUUGAUGGACCUGUAGAGCUAGUAUCCUUGUUAAUAGUAUACCGUAUAUGUUAUAUUGCCUAAAAUAUCAAACCUAACCUGGGUUAUAGUCAGAGUGCAGAAAGAAUUCCGAUUUGAUUUCCCAAAAAUUAAAAAAUAAAUAAAUGAUACAGCUUUUACACCUAUAGUAAUUUAAGUGCUGUCCGUUCAAAUGAGCAUGGCUGAGCAUUUCGAUGCUCACGCACUCUGUGCAUUAUCAUUGAAAAAGCAGCGGCUUAGGAUCUAAUCAUGUAUUUAGUCAUAUUAUGCUAUUACACUUUCCCUAAUAAGAAUCAUAUAAGCAUUUAAAGAUUUUCUGAACUCUUUAGGUCUGUAUCCACCCCUUGACAAGCAGUUAUCUAGAGCUGUUGCAGUUCCUUAAGCAGAUUGUUUUGGAUUUUGAGGGGAAUUUGUGGGGUUGUCCGGUAUUAUGCACUGAAGCUUGACCUAAAUGGUCCUUGAAUCUGAUCUGCUUUGAUUUUUAUGACCAUUUACUCAAGUGAAGUAUCUCAACUGAUCUUGGUUAGGACACCGUUGGGACAACUCAACAGUUGACUCAGUCUGCAGAAUUCUGUUUGCAAGGCGUGUAACAAACUACACUGUAAAAACUGGUAACCUGCCAUUGUUACCUUAAGGUCUUUCUACCUGAUCUAACACUUAAAAUUUGUUUUUUUGGUGUAACCUAAUAUAUAUUCAGCUUGAAUGAGUGAUGCUCAAUAAUAUUUUUGAGUUAAAUAAAAAAACAUCUAAUUUAGAUGUUACCACAUGAAGCAAAUUUUCAGGUUAACAUUUUUUACAGUGUGACUGUAUCAAUUAAAUGAAGAAUUAUUUAUGAUAAUGAGCUUUCCCCGCCACAAUCUAGCAGAGCUUGUAAUAAUCAUAAGCAGAAGAAUUGAGCCUAUAAGCUGCCUUGGUGCCUUUGGACACACCCACCUCAGUCAGAGUUAUGUGACAUUAGAGAUGUUCGAAACACAUUGUUAUAUUCUGCAAUGUCAUUUCCUGUUAAUAAAAUAAACAAUAACAUUCUUCAAAGACUUUCAUUAAUGAUUAAGUUGUAGUCUCAAAUGAAAAAUUCCAACUUUGCUCAUAAAUUGCACAUGAGAUUUUCCCUCUUUUUGCCAUAAUGUAGGGUUGUACAUUUGUGUGUUUGACCAAGUAUGUAGCUAUAUGUGUAUAUGUAUGUGGUUGCAAUAUGAUUUGCAAAUGCAUUGUGAAGUAGCUUGUGUGCUUGUGCAAAGCUCAGAUGCUUUGUUGUGCAUUAUGUGUUUUAACCAGUGAGGACAAACUAUGUGAAACACUACUGUUCAGAAAGGUGGACAUUAUUUAACUAAAUAAAGAUUUAACUCAUUU